AUGGAUACGAAGCCAAAGGCCUCGAGCCUCCGGGCCUGGCACAUCCAGAUCACUGGUCCCAUCUUCCACAGCAUGAGUGAACCUUGUUCCAACUGUGUUGCAGGUCAGGAAAGCAAGCUGGUUGCUGUCAUUGCCUGUACUGACCAGAGGCUGAGGCCCAGACACACGAAGCUGUAUGUGGCCUCGUCUGUCGGGCUGUGCCUCCUGGUCAGCGUCCUGGUGUUGUUCUUCCUGUUUCCGCGCUCCGUGGUUCUGUCUCCAGUAGCUGUCAGUUCAUCCUCUGUUUACUUCACUCACGACGGCGUGCAGAUUAACAUCACGAACGUGUUGAACAUCACUAAUAACAACUUUGCAGCGGUGCAGGCCUACAACCUGACAGUACAGGCACUCAACUUUGGCACGGUGCUGGGAACGGUGUCCAUUAAGAACGUCGUGUCUGUCAGACCUCUGUCCAUGAAAACGUACUCCUUCAUGAUACCCAUCCAGCUGACAGACCCUGGUUUGAGUAACUACUGUAAGAAAGAGUCGCUGCCUGUCCAUAUUCUGUAUGUGAACCUACAGAUAUCGCUGACAGUCUUCUGCCUGGCCCGCUAUGAGCAGCUGUCCCUGGAGACGUACGAGUACAUCGACUGUGGAGCAAACAACACCGUACCACACAGCGUACAAGCCGCAUCGACCUGAUGGAGGCACAGAUAAGAAAUGCUGUGAACCAGAGUAAUGUGCUUUGUAAUAUUUCGAGCAGGAUGCUGUCGCGGCUGGAUGUCGAAUGACUGGAAAAUCAGUGUGAAGGUUAACAGCUGCUUUGGAUUUGAAUGAAACUGACUGUGUCUGGAGAGGAAGGCGAAACGGUGCAGUGGGCCAAACCGUCCACAUGGUCUCACUGUGCAAGUCACGUGGUAACCAUGUGACCCUGAUCACUGUAGCCAGUGACCCAGCACCUCCAGUGUGGUCCAGCAUGUGCUGCCCCCUCUGUCAGCUGCAAUCCUAUAAAUCCUUAGACGGCCUGAUGAUCUUCACAUGAAGCUCAGUAUUUGUCUUUUUGAGAGCUUAUUCAUCAAACUUACUGCCAAAGACACGAGCAAGUAUUCUCCACUUGAUCGUCUCUGUUUGAAAGUUUGUUCAGUAAUUGUACCUUCAUCAUUUUGGUCUUCCUCUCCUUAGCCAAGUUCUAUUUACACACCAACACAUCUGCUCUUCAGGGUUUUUGGGUUUUUCUGUAUAUUUCCUGCCUUCUCUUUAUUUCUUGUGUUUGUUAUACUGAAGUGGACGUGUGAGGCUUUGGAGCUAUUUUUAAAGAGAUCUUUAAGAAACUUUAUGCAGCAAAAUUUUUUGGUGCAUUGAUGAAAUGACGCGGUUUCCUGUAAAGCUUCUUGACAGACACUUCCUCUCCACAAGUCCAAUAAAGCUAUGUGAGCCUGUUUGA